CAACAUCACAAAAUAUUCUACUAGUAUAUGAUUGCUUAAUUAACACCUGAGACUUUGUUUUUUGCAGAGGAAAGAAAACUCUCGACCUUGAAAGGUAACAUAGCAUUGUUGCCUCACAAGACACAGGAAAGAAACACAACCACAAUUAAGAAAUCCAAACAUUUCUCCAUCAUUUUGCACCCCCUAUUGCACAUACCUAUCUGGAAUUCCUUUUUUAUCAAUUUUCUUAUUAAAGUUUGUUCCUUUGUACCUCACAUAUUUAUAAACUCAUGCUGUCCUCUCCAUAUGCUAAUUACUCCUCUAUCCUCUCUAGUGAUCAGCUACUUUUCUUGUGAUGCAUUUGAAUCCUCAGUGGAAGAGAUUCUUCUCAGAGUUUGAUUCUCCCAUUUAAUUUCUGAGUGCUUUGGCUUCCAUCCGAAUGUGCUGUUUGCAGGCUCUUAUGAUGCAAAAGGUCAUAGUGAUAUAUUAAACUUGGACUAGUACUUUCAUGCUCCUCGAGAUGGAGAAUGAUUGUAUAAAGGACAUGGACAUUGAGGUCGUUCCUUCAAUGUGGCCUGAAGAUAUUGGAAUGGAGGUUGGGAAGCAAUUUAACAUAGAAAAGCCUGGAAGGGACCAAGACAUGUUAGAGGAGGUUACAAUCAUAGAGGAGCCAACUAUAGUUGAUUUCAAGCGCCUCAUGGAGCUUACAAAUUUUACAGAAAAGGGCUCUUCUCAGUUGGCCUACCUAAUGAAACAAUGGGAGUACAAACAGGCCAAUGUUGUGCGUCUCCUCAGGGAAGAACUUGACAAUCUAAGCAAGCAAAGGCAGGAUGUUGAGCUCAGGAAGUUGGAGAUAUUGGAAGAGCAUCGAUUCGAGGAAGAACGACAUGGGGCAGAUAAACGUCCAGUUUCUAUAUUGGAUGAUGUUUAUGAUGGUAUAUGGCAAGACAUACCUUGCAGGAGAAGUGAUGUUGUGGUUGAAAACAAGAGGAGUGAGAUUGAUGCUGAGUAUGACACUGUCAUGUGCUGGAAACAGCGAGCGUUGCAUUCAGAGAAGCAGCUGGAGGCAAGUAUCCAAAGAGAACAGAUACUCGAAGAAAAGUUGCAAGAAAGAAUAGCAAACAUUGAAAGGCAGUCCUCACCUGUGGAAGAACUCUCCCAGAUACUGAAGAGGGCAGAUAAUUUCUUGCAUUUUAUACUCCAAAAUGCACCUAUUGUUAUUGGCCAUCAGGACAAAGAAUUGCGCUAUUGCUUUAUCUAUAAUCAUUUUCCAAGUUUACAAGAGGAGGACAUCAUCGGAAAAACCGAUGUUGAAAUAUUCACGGGAGCUGGUGUUAAGGAAGCUCAAGAGUUUAAGAGAGAGGUUUUGGAAAAAGGAUUACCUGCAAAAAGGGAAAUCACUUUUGAGACAGAACUAUUUGGGUCAAAGACAUUUUUGAUAUAUGUAGAACCUGUGUUUAGCAAAGCAGGGGAGACAAUAGGAAUAAAUUACAUGGGAAUGGAUAUAACAGAUCAGGUGAGAAAAAGAGAAAGGAUGGCAAAGAUUCGGGAAGAGAUUGCUGUUCAGAAAGCCAAGGAAACAGAACUGAAUAAAACCAUUCACAUUACAGAGGAAACUAUGCGAGCAAAACAAAUGCUGGCAACAAUGUCUCAUGAGAUAAGAUCUCCAUUGUCUGGGGUUGUUAGCAUGGCUGAAAUUCUUUCUAACACGAAACUCGAUUGGGAGCAAAGACAACUCCUGGAUGUCAUGCUAUCUUCUGGAGAUUUGGUUCUUCAACUUAUAAAUGACAUACUCGAUCUUUCCAAGGUUGAGUCAGGAGUGAUGAAAUUGGAAGCUACAAAGUUCAGGCCAAGAGAGGUAGUCAGGCAUGUACUCCAGAUCGCUGCGGCCUCAUUGCAAAAAAUACUAACCUUAGAAGGACAUGUAGCAGAUGAUGUGCCUAUUGAGGUCAUUGGUGAUGUUUUAAGAAUGCGGCAAAUUCUCACAAAUUUAAUUAGCAAUGCCAUCAAGUUCACCCAUGAAGGCAAAGUUGGAAUAAAUCUUUAUGUUGUGUCAGAGCCUACUUUUGCAAAAGCAGAAUGCAUCCAAAAGAUGACUUCAAGCCAUUCAACUAUUUCAGUGAAUGGUGUAAAGGAAGAGAAAUAUCUCUCAAAACCUCAAAGUGACAGUGAUAGAAAUCUUCUUGAUGGUUGUCAAAAACAUGAUGACCAUCCCAGCCAAAACCAUGCAUUCCAUGAAGAAUGUAGAUCUCCUGUCAAAAGUGAAUGCUCAAUGAAUGGAGACACUGAGGAGCAACCUAAUUCAGCUGAAACAACAGUGUGGAUACGUUGUGAUGUAUAUGACACAGGCAUAGGAAUACCAGAAGAUGCUAUACCAACCUUGUUUAAAAGGUACAUGCAAGUCAGUGCAGACCACACUCGAAAGUAUGGUGGUACAGGGCUAGGACUAGCAAUAUGCAAACAACUGGUUGAGUUGAUGGGGGGUCAACUAACAGUUUCUAGCAAAGAACACUAUGGUUCUACUUUCACUUUCAUACUUCCAUACAAGGUUUCAAUCGCUUGUGAUCAUUCUGAUGAUCUGGAUGAGCUCUCUGACGUGGAGAAUAAUGAUGCUGCAUCUGAUGAUACAAUAGAGAGUUUCUUCCAAUUCCAACCACGCACUUUGGGCUCUCUUUUCUCAUCUAAUGGAUCUAGCAGGACACAUAAGUUAUUAACACACAAAAUUGGCUACACCAGCUCACAUAAGCUUGGUGGAUUUUCUGAGAGUUUGUAUUCAUUCCCCUCCAAUGAUAUCAUGUCAAAAGGGACAUGUUCAGCUGAUGAUGCAUCUUCUGUGGUUGAGGUUCCAGAGAUGUCUGAAUCGGCUAGUUCAUCUGGUCACAGCCAAAAAACUAAGUCAAAUGGAGAAAUGUCUGAAGCAAAGUCAAAUGAACUACAACAAACAACAUGUCAGGGUCAUGGGAAGACAAACACAACUUUCCAAUGCGUUACAAACAGCAGUGUAUCUGAAGUAACCAAAUCCACAAUAAUACCUAAGAUCCUUCUUGUUGAAGAUAACAAGAUUAAUGUCAUGGUGACACAGUCCAUGAUGAAACAAUUAGGCCAUAGCAUAGAUGUUGUGAACAAUGGAGUGGAAGCCGUACGUGCAGUUCAGCGUCACACUUAUGACCUGAUUCUGAUGGAUGUCUGCAUGCCAGUUAUGAAUGGUCUUCAGGCAACAAAACUGAUUCGGACUUUUGAGGAAACAGGCAAUUGGGAUGCUGCAAGAAAUGCUGGAAUCGAGCAAAGUGUACAAGAUCCAGAUUGUGAAUGUUCUGUACCAUCUACAAAGCGGAUCCCCAUUGUUGCGAUGACAGCAAAUGCUUUGUCAGAGAGUGCUGAAGAGUGUUUUGCAAAUGGUAUGGACUCGUUUGUGUCAAAACCUGUGGCAUUCCAAAAACUGAAAGAAUGUAUUGAACAAUACCUUGUAAAUUUCAGCUAGUGUAUAAAAGAAGACCAUAAAGAAUAUAUUAAAGCCUAGGAAAGUUUUGUAAUGAAUGCAUAAUGUUCUCCAACUUUGUUAUUGCCUACCAGCUUAAUUAGGUUGUAUAGAUCUACAAUAUUCUUUUCAUCUCCUAAAAAUUUUCUGUAGUUAUGAAGGGAGUGCAGG